UGUCGCGGUGCCGUGAUCUAUAAUUGAGCGCAAGCACAUGUAGAACUCCUUGACGAUGCGUACAGUGCCCCCGGUUGCGCUAAGGAUUAGCCUAAAGGUGGAGAGCAGACAAGAGAUUUUCAGAUGCUGGUUACUUCGUAUGAGGCCGCGGUUAAAGCGAAGAUUCUGGAGCACAUCGAGACGAACGUAUGGCACUCAGACGUGCCAGCAGUACGAUAUCGGGCGGCCAGUCCCGGGACACCAAUUUUGAGGUAUGUGACCGAGAUAUCACAUGAUACCACGUGGACGAGACUUCGAAGAGAAUACGCAGCGAAUAGCACCUGUGCGGAUUUCCCUGAUGGUGCGAAUAGCUGAGAUACGACGAACUCGGUGAUCUUGUUGGAAGAGGGUGGAAUAGGUCCGAUCUCGGCGCAUCAAUCCUUCCGACGGCUUGCGCCUCCACGAGAGCGAUACGAAUGAAGGAAAGGGUUUGCCGUUCUAGGGUUUGAGACGUCAGGAGUGAAAAUAAUUCACUCGUGAAUGACUCCGACUUCCAACCUCCACUG